UUAUACACUUCAAACGUAAUGGGCCGAAGAAAAAGUAAACGAAAACCUCCAAGUAAAAAAAAAGCUAUUCAACCAUUAGAUACGCAAUUUAAUUGUCCAUUUUGUAAUCACGAAAAAUCGUGUGAGGUUAAGAUGGAUAAGUCAAGAAAUACAGCUAGGAUUACUUGCAGAGUCUGUCUAGAAGACUUUCAAACCACAAUCAAUUUACUUUCAGAACCUUUAGAUGUGUAUAAUGAUUGGAUUGAUGCUUGUGAGAAUGCAAACUGAAAUUUAUUAUUAAUGUAUUAGACUAAGCUUAUAGAUUUAUUUAUUAGUUUCUUUUAUCAAAUCAUCAACAUUCUAUAGCAUAAAUGAAUAUCAAUUAGUGUGCAAUGCAUAAAC